UGCACAAUAAAGCUCGAGCAGGUUUCCUCGGGACAGCGAGGAGGGACCGGAGGACCACUGACGGACCGGAGGACCCACUGACGGACCCACUGACGGACCCACUGACGGACCGGAGGACCACUGACAGACCCACUGACGGACCCAGUGACGGACCGGAGGACCACUGACGGACCCACUGACGGACCCACUGACGGACCUGGACGGUGGAUCUGCUCCGGGACCGGGUUCGAGUAUGAGACCGAGCCUCGCGCUGAGAGCGGCGGGUCGGAGGUGAUGGAGACGCGGCACGUGUGCGCCCUGACCCUGCUGCUGGUGUCCGUGUGUCCGCUCUGCUGCAGAGCCAGCUGGAUGUGGUUGGGCGGGACCUCGGCCAUGGUACCGGAGCAGCUGGGCUGUGUGGACCUUCCUCUGAACCCCCGGCAGCAGGAACUCUGCAACAAGAAGACGUUUCUGCUGCCGAGCAUUCGGGACGGAGCCCGACUUGCCGUCAGCGAGUGUCAGAGCCAGUUCAGACACGAGAGGUGGAACUGCUCCACCGCUGAGCAGCCGCCGGUGUUUGGACACGAGCUAACGAGCGGAACAAAAGAAACAGCGUUCAUCUAUGCAGUGAUGGCGGCAGGGCUGGUCCACGCCGUCACACGCUCCUGCAGUCAGGGCAACAUGACGGAGUGCGGCUGCGAUUCUCGACUGCAGGGCGGUGGCUCGGCUGCGGAGGGCUGGCACUGGGGCGGCUGCUCGGACCACAUCCAGUACGGGACCUGGUUCAGCCGCAAGUUCAUCGACAAUGCCGUCAAAAACAUGUCGACGAGCAGAGGAGGCUACACGCUGAUCACCAUGAACCAGCACAACACGGAAGCCGGACGCCAGGCCAUUGACAGGACGAUGUUGACAGACUGUCGUUGUCAUGGUGUUUCUGGUUCCUGUGCGGUGAAGACUUGUUGGAGGACGAUGGCGCCGUUUAAACUUGUCGGCGUUUAUCUGAAGGAGCGAUACGAGCAGAGCGUUCAGGUGUCGGACCGAUCGAGGAGGAAGACGAGGAGGAAGGUCCAGCGUCACCUCCCCAUCGACAAACACCAGCUCAUCUUCUUCAACAAGUCUCCAAACUACUGCCUGGAGGACCGGCGGAGGGGUGUCGCCGGCACCAGAGGACGCCGCUGCAACAGGACAUCUGCUGGACCGGACGGCUGCAACCUGCUCUGCUGUGGCCGAGGAUACAACACGCACGUGGUGAGACACGUCCAACGCUGUGAGUGCAAGUUUGUCUGGUGCUGCUACGUCCGCUGCCGGCGCUGCGAGAGCAUGAACGACAUGCACACCUGUAAAUAAAGACAACGCUCACCUGAGGGUGAAGAUCACCUGAGAGUAAAGGUCACACCUGAGAGAGAAGAUCACACCUGAGAGUAAAGAUCCGACUGAGUGUAAAUAUCACACCUGAGAGAGAAGAUCACACCUGAGAGAGAAGAUCACAUCUGAGUGUAAAUAUCACACCUGAGAGAGAAGAUCACACCUGAGAGUAAAGAUCACACCUGAGAGAGAAGAUCACACC